UAUAUAUAUCCGAUGUCGAGAGUCAAAUAAUCUGCAUGUAUAAUUGUGAGUAUACCCCACUUUUAGAUGUGUAACCAUCCCCAAGUUCAGGAAGAAUUCAAAAGAUUUCUGAGAAAUUGUCAACCAUCCAAAUUGGAGUCGAGAAUGAGAGAUUCCAAAAAUUGGAAUAGGCCGAACAACGAAUUCAAUAGGCAGAAGAUGCAUUCAAUGAGUUUCAGGAACAAAUCUUUACAAAACUAAAUGGAUUACGAGAUCAAGUACCCACAUUAUUUUAAAUGUUCGUUAACAGUUAGGCAAAUUAUCGAAGUAAGUGGAAGAUGACAGAUUGGCUAAGGAACAAGCCAAUGAAGCCAAGAACAGAGAUGUCCAAGCAUUGACCAAGAAGUUUGAGAAUGCCAUCGAGAAUGAACAACAAACCAAGAAGGAGGGAGAGGCUAAGGUUCUUAGAUUGACAGAGGAUAAAACUGCACUCCUAAGGACUGAGGUACAAAAGGAGACAGCCUAAAGAGUGGAUGCCAUAGAGGGCAUUCAUUAGGGUCUUUAAAAUGAUUUGCCAAAGAUUUAGGAGGCCAUCAGAGAGGAGGCCAAUGAGAGAGAUGAAGCAGAUUAAAAUGUAAUAAAGUAAGGUCAUAUUUUAAGGUAAUGAAAUCAAUUACAGACGAAUUGGUUAAGUUGAGUAAUCUGAUUAAUGUGGAGAAGAGAAAUAGAGAUGAAAGUGAAUAAUCCAUAUUUGAGAUGUUGAAAGACAUAGUCAAUAGAGUGAAAGUUGAAUUGGAUUAGGAGAAGAGAACAAGAGAGCAAUCUGAAGAACACUUGCUCAGUUUAUUGGAAGACACAUGUAAUAAACUUAGUAUUGCAGCAAAUUUAUGA